CUGUGGAUGUGAUAAAUUGCGAUAAGAUAUUUAUUAGAGAAAAAUCUAAAUACAACAAUCUAAGUUCUGAGAAUCUGAAAAUAAAUUUUUAAACUAUGGGUAAUUGGAAACUAGAAGUGGGUAGGAUGGCUAUGUACACAUCGUUUCCUGUUGGAUUGUUCUUUUUUUUCAACCAACCAAAAUAUUUUGAAGAAUGGGUAACCAAUACAAAAAGACAAAUCUUCCCACCAGAAAACCAACAUGAUAGAGAAGCGAUUCAAAAAUUAAUACAGGAUAUGAGGAAGAAACAAAUGCAAAGUCUGGAAUCCAAGUGAACCAAGUUUAUAAAUAAUAUAAUUUAGUUUUUGUUGUCAAACUUUAUUAAAUACAUUAUGUACUUUAAUUAU